AUGUGUCACCGCUUUGUAGUACAUUCUAUGCUAGACAGUAAUGCUAGCUUUCUCCCAGCGGCUGCCCCGUUGUCGUGUUGUUCAACGCCACCGCCACCCUUCGAAGAGGCGCCACCUCCGCGGACGAGUAGAACCAAUUCUUCCUCAACGACAUCGUCGAGCGCUUCAGGCAGGCGUCGGGGUGCUUCUAGUGCUGCAAGCGUCAUGACUACAUCUUCUGCGUCGUCACUAGCGUUGACCCCUGCAGCAUUAAGCAGCGCUCGAAGUAACGAAGCCAGUGUCUGUUGGACACCUCCUGCGUCAGUAGAAGGUUCGACACCAACAUGGACAGAAGGAACUCCUAGCUUUACGGAGUCAAGUAGUAGUGAACAAGGCUACCCCAUAACGCCAGCGCGUGGUGCAACUCCUAGUGAGGGGCGGCGCUCACCGCGUCCUCCACCGCCCCCCGCGCGCGCCCUCCCUCCCACCACAAUCAACUGUCUCACCAGCGAAGUGACAACUACAUAUUUUGCCAUUGUGAUAAGAACAAAGUUUAUUGUUCUUAUCAGAGCCCAACAAAAACAAGUAUAA